AUGCAUUACUCUCGAGAGGUUGGACGUGGUGGUUCGAAGGUGUCAGUAGGUUUAUCAGCUUUGCUAAACCGCUCUCCACCUUUGUGGUAUGGAUCAGCCACAGUGAAGCUGUCAAAACCAGUGGCCCUGUGGACCCAGCAGGAUGUCUGCAAGUGGUUGAAGAAGCACUGUCCAAAUCAGUAUCAGAUCUACAGUGAGUCAUUCAAACAACAUGACAUAACUGGGCGAGCCCUGCUGAGACUCACAGACAAGAAGCUGGAACGCAUGGGGAUCACCCAGGAGAGCCAGCGACAGCACAUCCUGCAGCAGGUGCUCCAACUGAAGGUGCGGGAAGAAGUCAGAAACCUGCAGUUACUCACACAAGGUAGCCUGCUGCUGCUUCCUGGUGGGUGGCUGCCCGGGAACAUGGGAAGCCAGAAAAUGUGA